AGAGAGAGAGAGAGAGAGAGAGAGAGAGAGAGAGAGAGAGAGAGAGAGAGCAGUGGCAACAGCAGCAGCAGCCACCUUGCCUCCAACUCAAGUUAUUUGCUCCAGCUUGAAUUCAGAGGUGUACUUUAAACUUAUGAACAUUUCUAUCCACAGCUGCCUUUCAGCUCAGCAGAGCUCAUCUUACUACUCCAACUCUACUGUCUUAUCCUUCCUCGCAUUACUGACUGCCGGCCUGAAUUGCUUUCCCGCGGAACUUAACAGGAUCAGAAGAGGUUGCCGAGUGCUUAUCGAGUGGUGGAGCGGUCAGAGGCAGCCAGAGUCAUCAUGGCCAUGUCCCAGGAGCGUAGUGCGUGUCUGGGGCUCUGGGUGCUCCUUUUGCUUGGUGCAGGCAUGGAAGAAGUUGUGGAGGGAUGUAGCUGCCACCCAGCACACCCACAGCAGCUAUUCUGCAGCGCUGAGAUUGUGAUAAGGGCAAAGAUCUCUGGAGAGAAGAUUGUGUCGCCUAGCAACAGCUCCUCACCUUACAUGAAGAUGAUCCAAUAUGAAAUCAAAAUGAUCAAGAUGUUCAAAGGUUUUGACAAGGCCAAGGAUAUCCAGUAUGUGUACACUCCAGUCUUCUCCUCACUGUGUGGAGUCAAACUGGACUCCAACAACAAAGCAGGAUAUCUGCUCUCAGGAAGUAUGUGGAGUGAUGGGAGAAUUUCCAUUGGCCAAUGUGACCUCGUAGAGUCCUGGGACAACUUGUCGCUGUCACAGAAGAAGAAUCUCAACUACAGAUACCAGAUGGGCUGUGAAUGCAGAAUCAACACCUGUUACACAGUGCCGUGUGCGUCAACAGGAGAAAACGAGUGCUUGUGGACUGAUUGGCUGUUGGACAACAGCCUAAAUGGGGAGCAGGCUCGGCAGUACGCCUGUAUCCGCCGCUCUGACACAACCUGUAGCUGGUACCGGGGUGGGCCUCCACCUGAGAAAGACUUCCUGGACAUGACUGACCCUUGACCUGUAAUUCUGACAUUCAUUUGAUUUCACUCCUGCAAUGUCCCAAGAAACAUUUCCUGCUUUUCCUUGUGUAGCUCAAAUUCGGCGUGCAAAGUAGCAACAUUGAACAAAUUGGCUGAUUUUCUCAUUUGAAGGAGCUUAACUCAACUUUGAGCUUCUGUUAGCGGGGUUGAGGUGGUUGCUGCAGCAGUGCUAGGAACAUUUUGAUAAAGUGCAGGGGCUUUCAACAUUCCUCUGACUCAUUUUCUCGCUCUCACACAUUCCACUUCACUUGCUGUUUUCCACAGAAUAAGAAUAGCAGCAGGCCAUCCACUGCAAAUUAUUCACCCCAGAGUGAAUCUUUUCUUCGUUUCUGAUGGCACACAUUCUGGUGUUGACAUUUUAUCUUUAUAUAUUAUCUGUCCCAUACAAAAUUCACUGUAUAUAUAUUGAACAAAGCAACACCAGACAUUCCCCAAUUAAUGAUAUUUUGUCAAAAUCUUACACAUUAAUUAUAUAUGAUCACAAUUCUUGUACAUCUAAAUCAUCACAGUUUAUACUCUCAAAUUGCUGAGAAUGUAAAUAUUGUACUUCAGUGAGAAUUAACAUUUUAAAGGCUAACCGGAUUUUGUCUUAGCAUAGACGUUGUUAUCUUGUGGCUUUGUGUGUUUAGUCUCCUUGGUUGAAGUCGUACUUUGUACUUUUUCUUGUGCCAAAAAUCUAAUCCAGCGCUUUAACAACAGCACUGCCACCUGUAGACGCCAAGCCACCUCUCCUUAGAGGAAAUGAUGUAACAGGACACGGUUCAAUUCCCUUUUUUUUAACUCCUUAAAAACAGGAAGUGGAUUCUCCUCAACGUUCAAGUUCAAGAAAAGAACAAUACACAAUACGUUAACCAACAAAAAUAUAAACAACUUAUAUUCAAGGAUAAGAUGUAAUUAGUGAUUUAAUUGUUGUUUUAUAGGCAUUAUUUAAUAUAAUGACUCAACAUUUAUUAAAAGACCCAAAUCUGAAUUGACCCCUGUCUUGUUACUGGACUACUUCACUGAAGUCAUACAGAUUAAAAAGCAUUAUUACUCGCUAUCUUCAUGUACAAGCCACUAUUCAAAGAUCAUAUUGGGGUCACAUUCAAAGAUAAAAUAUUUAAAUUUAACCUGCAUAAUGCAGCAAUUUGCCUGACACGUUGGAAACAUAUUGUUUUGAAAUAUGUUAAUAAUUAAAUUUAGACUUCCAUGACUGGUAUGAUAAUAAUGCAUAAUAACUGUAUGGCUUUAGUGAAUUAUUAUCAAACAAUUUCAUGUUUGUUUUAUACUGAAAGAAUUGUUUGGGUUUGUAUUUAUGUCUCUGUUUCUGUCUAAAUAGAGUUUUCUAUUUCCAUGUACCAAAAAAGAUUGUAUAUAAAAUGUCUCAAUGGAA